AUGGAUCCUGAAUGUCGUUUGCGUAUUCUUCAAAAUCGACAAACUUCUUCAUCACAGUCCUCAUCGCUUUUGUCCCUAUUCAAUCGCUCUAUAUCACCGUCGAACACUCGUGAAACAUUUCACUCUUCUGGCUUAUCGAAAUGUCAAUAUCAGGAUAUCUAUUUGAUACCAGGCCAUGCCGACGCUAGUUGUACACGGCCAGGCGCGAAGCGGUUAGUCGAAAUUGAUCCAAGACAAGUGAAUGUAAAACCUGAGGUCUUAAAAAUCCCAGGAUGCUUCACGAUCGAGAUCAAAAAUGUUCGUAUACUUGAUCAUGGCUCUAAAAAUGAUGCUGAUAGUUUCUUUGCAAAAGUUGAAUAUCAAUGGUGGAAUGUGAAAGAUUUCUCUGAACUGAAGUGCCAGAAUGCUAGUAACAAUGGUUGUGGCGGAUACGGUAAUAAUUGUUACUACUGUGACAUAUGUGAGAGUUUGACUGAUUUGGGCGUAUCAGAAGCACACUCGACUCUGUCGGAUCAAUUACGUGGAAUCAAAUGUCCCACUCAUCCAGGCUUUUACACGUUUCGAAAAGAAUUCUGCUUUAACGAUUGGUCAGCAUUUGAUACGGAUGGGGACUGUCAAUUUGACUUCUUUCAAGGUGAUAAAUUAUCAGACUAUCGAUCAGCGUUAGCUUCUCUUCAACAAGUUGGCUAUGGUACGGUGGUGGCAAAGUUGAGAUUGGCUUAUAAUGCAAGUGGUGUAAUUGAAGAAAAGAAAGUAAUCAAGGAAAAACAAAUUGAAGAAAAUGUUAUUCGUGAAUUGGAAGAACGACGAGAUACAUGGGAGCACGUCAAUAACGUGAAUCGUGAAAUCAUUUUCAGAGAUGAUUAUUUACCCUGGUUAUUAUAUGAGAAUGAAAUAAGUUGUCUGAGAUUAACGUUCGAUGUUUGUGAGCGAUCGCCACGUCGUUAUGGCUAUGGACUUCAUUAUCAAUGCGCUUAA